GAAUUUUCUCGAGACUAUUAGCUAAAGUCAAGCAUACAUUGGAAGCUAGAUAUCUAGGACAACUCGCUUAAGGUGAGACAAAUAUUGUCAAUGGCAUUUCAGUUAAAAUUAAGUAUGCGUGCAAGUCCAAUAUAGCUAAGAAGGUCUUUCUUUUUAUGAAUUCCUUUUUCGACCUUAUAGAAAUUUGUGUUUUAUUUUAGUUGUGAGGUGGCCGAAUUUUACGAAAAGAAUUCCUUGCAAGUUUCUUAUGUUGCGUUUCAUCAGUCGAAAGUUUGUCUGGAUUAAGUGUAAAGGAAUUUAUUAUUCUAUGCGCAGAAAAUAUAAAGAAAAAUGUGUCCCAAAAGUAUAACUAUUUCUGUCUAUGAUUUUCAUUAAUUCGCAAAUAUAUUUCUUCACAACUUCCAACAGUAUAUGCACCUGACAAAUAUGAAAUCUUGUAUAGCACAAAUCUUCCAUUGAUCAAAAUUUAAAAUUCAAAAAAUACCUUCAUACCAUGCCAGGUUGACAGUCUAAAUGGCACUAAAUGGUAUUAAUUCUAAUUUCAGAAAUUGACAUGCAAUGAAAAAUCUAUUAAAUAACUCAAUUUAGAGGUCUGUGGUUUACGCAGCCUAGCAUUGACCCGAGGCUGGGACAAACAGAGAAUGUAGGGUAGAAGUCGUUUAGCUAGCUGCUUUAAAGCUCGUGCAUCAGUAAAUAUAUUUGCCACGGAGAUAUUGGAACAUAUUAUUCGCAAUCGACAUUUGACGUUACCCUUAUAUUCUAUCUCCCACUUCUUAAAAACAGAGAAAUAAGGAUGUUUAAGGAAAUACCGGGACGAAAUGCACCUUGCCAAGGAACGCACCUCAUUGCUGCAUGGAAUGAAAAAAAAAAUGAAUGAAUGAAAAGACCUGCUGUAUCAACAAAAAAAAAAAAGACGGGAGCUAUUUUCCACAAAAUGUUGACUCUUUAUGUAUGCAAAGGAAAAUUGCCCUUGCGUGCGAUGUUAGUCUAAGCUUAUUGGUUUUCUUUUCCGCGACGAUGCUGGCGUAGAAGGUUUGGUAAACCAUAUGAAGUCAUGUUUUUGCACAUAAAAUAACAUAUCCUACGACUGCGAACUUUAAGUUGAUAUUACAAAUUUUUGUACUUUUUUUUGUCAUUUAAUAUUAUUUUUGACUUGUAUUGCUUCGGUUUAAUUUAUUUUACCCUCGCAUUCCAAUGUAAAAACAUAAAAUAUCAAAUAAAGUAUUCACAACCAUUGCACAGUCAUUUGUCGAAGAGCCCGGUAAUGAAUGAACGCUUACUUUUGAACUCAAGAUGGUAUCAGAGAUAUAAUUCCGACGUGAAUGUGCAAGAGAAUGAAUAAAUAAACGUGUAUAUUCUUUUGAUUAACAAAUUAUUGUGAUAUUCAAUUAUAGACGCAUCAAAAUGAUGCGAAAGUUCAAAUUGUAAUUUUUAUUUUUAUUUUUUACAAUUAUUAUUUUUUUGUAAAUAUCGCACCUGGUACGCCAAUGAAAUGAUAAAACGAAACUAUAAGGUAUAAGGUAAAGCCGAGAAAAUUAGGUAAACGCUAUUGCCGUAUAGAUAGGCGACUUAAGCGCGUUUGGACGCCUGAUGUUUUCCGCCUGAAAUCAUAAAUUAUGUAUACCACACAAAGUCAGUGAAAGUCGUUAAUAUUCAAACAAAGACCGAAGUCAGUUUCUCUCGAUGCGGCAAAACGGUUCAAUUUGGGCCAAAAUGUGUGGAUAGGUAUAAAGCGGAGAAGUUAUGGAUACUUAAGGGUCAAUUUUGAUCCACUAUAGAAGCCACGUUUAACGAUCUCAAUCCCAUUUCACCUGUUUUGCUCACUAGGUUGUUGUUACCGCGCGGUGGUUAGUGGGCCAUCCGCGUUUUCCCGCUGCGUCCAAUUUUUUGUUUACACUUUUGGUAAUUUUGCAUUUUGUAUGCUUUCGCAGGAACGUGGAAGUGCAAAUAGAACUUGGGGCGAUAUAGCGGCUGUUAUUUCAUUGCAAAGGUAAGUUGAAGUUUAAAUAAGAAGUAUCACGCUCCUAGAAUCUUAACAGAGGAACAAAUACGUAAUAAAUCAUUUCUUUCCUGCAUGGGCACUCACUCUUUAAAACAUCUCAAGCGGAUAUGAUUUUAUAUUUUUAAGGUGCACUGCAGUGGAGAUAAUAUUUAUGUUUUUAGCGCCUUAGUCUUGAUAACUAUAGUCUCCCUUAACAACUCGUUCUGAAACCCUUGUAUUUAUAUUUGGCUGAGAAAAAAGGAGAAGAAAAUCUUUAUCACCAAAACAAUGCACAACAACCUAUCUAAAAGACUGAAAUUUUAAGCAGAAAUCCUCAAUGGUACAGCAUGGAUGUUAUCUAUUCGCAUUCGAAAAUAAAAGUUUAUCAUUAAAACCGGCCUAAAAAUAACCAUUAUGAAUUCGAUUUCCUUCAGCUGCAAGAAGAAAGUCAUUUUGCCAAUACAAAAAGAAAUCACACUUCCAUGUUUUCAAGUACCUGAAAUCUUUAUCCACCAUCACUAGUCAAAUUGUUAAAGUGGAAGAGGUCGCCUGUGAGGUAUUUUGUGUAAAUAAAGUGAAGACCUGCCAUUUUGAUUUAUUCUCGUUUGAAUAAAUUACUCCAUUUGAAAUUAUAUUGACAAAAAAUAUACGGAGCGUUUGCUUAAACAAAAUUUGAAUUAGGUGGAAAUAACUUAGGCCGUAAAAUAUUGACGUUUCACUGAAUACCUGGCUUGCAUUUUGCGACAGUUUAGACUUUGUAUGUUUUUAAUCCAUUAACUUCUUGUGGUUUCACUUAUUGCAUUGCGUACUUGUCGAGUUUCUUUUUAUAUAUAUAUAUUCCUUUUUUUCGCACUGCUUAUUUGCAUUCGUUCGUGACAACGGCAUCAAUUUCCUAACACUGUUAGCACUGACCUUGUAAUAAAAUAUAGAAAUAAGAGUCCGUAACACUAUUUUGCUAAAAAAUUCGACACUAGUGCUUUAUGUUCAUCUUGUCACUACGGAGUAUUCGCUACCGAAUAUUGCAGUUAUUACUCACAUCUAUUUGCUAAUCAGUUCAGUUGGUUGGCAGGGUAAUGAAAGUUGACCACUAUGUUUUUUAAUGCAAUUGCAAUUAUCUUGCGUGGUGUUAAGAUCGAUUUUUUCAGUCGAUUCGAGUCACUCCUCAUGUUUCUCAGAAGUAUUCGAUUCCAGUUUGUAGCUAAGUAUGUUUUCCUGUUCAUUGGUAAGAGUUAUACUUUCUUUCCGUUUUUUUUUUUACCAUUUUCUGUUAUUGAGGGAGCAAUGGUAACCUAGGAGGAAAUUAAAAUAACUUCAAAUCAAAUUGUUACGAAAAAUUAAACAAACACACGUCGUAGGUUAUUAUCAAGUCAAUUUAGUCAUUUUAUAAAACAGAAAAUCAAUCUUUCUGAACAAGAAGAUGGAAUAUCCCUUUAAUAGUUCCGGCUCUCACUUUCAUUUAAAUUAUAUUAAUAUUACACACUCUUGCCAUUUCAUAAUCAUCAAAUCAACACCAUGCUCUUAAUUAUAGCAAAUUAAAUAUAAAAAGGCUUUAAUUAUAUUAUUCAUGACUAAAACUAAUACAUUUGGUGCUAAUAAAAGGUAAAUCCUUUUUUUUGGUAUCAUACGUACGUUGCUAAUGGACUUAAAAAGCGGCAUAUCUGCGAAACAUUAUAAUGCCUUUUAAAUAUGAAACAUAAUUUUUUUUUAUUCAAUGAACAGAAAGAUAGCUGGAUCUUUCGCGUAAAUCCAAUAAAUGAUUAAGCAGAGGAAAACUGCAAAACGCUCCAUUUAUUUUUCCAUGUGCGAUACAUGCAAAUGUGUCAUAAAGACGCUGAGUUUGUAAUAUCACUAUCUCUACGUAUGGUGGGCAAGGAGCUAUCGCGUUGGACAUUCAACUGCAUUGGUACUGAUACUCUUUUCCUCUUUUCCAUGUUAGAGUAUUUACAGGUGAACUUAAGAGAGGGAGGCGAUGCCACCGCUGUCACAACUCAUCCAGGGCGCAGAGUAUGACAAAGUGCGCUUCAAAUGAUCCACGUUUAUGUUGAUAAUGGGAGGGGCUGUUGAAGGGUGUGCCUUAUUUCUUUGCAGUUCCCAUUCCUAAACCAUUCUCAACUAAAACCAUUCUAACUUUUGUUUCAGGUACCAUUGCUUAUCAGCUACACGGACUGGAAAAGGAUAUCAGGAAAAAUGCUUGGUCACUGAAUAAUGGUGACAGGCUGUCACGAUGGAGGAGUAAUCCAAGCAAACAAAAGAACCUUAUCUAAACUUUGGAAUGCUUGCAAACAUGGAGAUGUUAAAACAGUCGAACGCUUAACAAUCAAAAAAGCUGGUGCUAACGCAAAGGCUCAUGGCAUGGCUCUCAUUCACAUAGCUGCCCGAUAUGGUAACACCAAUACUGUCAGGUAUUUGCUCUCCUUAGGGGCCAAUGUUAACGCGGUGGACGAAGAAGGUUGGACAGCUCUUCACUGGGCUAGUGCUGGCGGACAUGUAACUGUUAUGCAACUUUUGUUGGUCCAUGGUACGGAUCCCAACGUAAAAGCCAAAACGGGUGCUACCCCUUUACAUCUCGCUGCAUCAAACGGCCAUGAAAACGCUGUGAACCUUCUCCUUACAUUCGGCUGCGACGGAAAUGUAGUGGAUGGCAAUGGCAGAAAUUCGAUGUUUCUUGCAAGCAGAGGCGGCCAUGUUCCUGUAAUAGAGGUUCUUUUGAAGCAUGGCAUUAAAUCCAAUGUACCACUCAAAAACGGACCUACGCCAGUUCACACUGCAGCAAAAAAUGGUCAUUCCAAAGCCGUGGACUUCCUAAUUGCCUGUGGUGCUGAUGUCGAUGUGGUUGAUAAAGACGGUUGGAAUGCGCUGCACUCAGCUUGUCAGAAUGGUCACGUGGAUGUGGUGGAAACACUGCUCAAGACUGGAAUGGAGGCUGAUACUAGAAUAAACGGCGGUUGUACCCCAUUAAUGAUCGCAGGUUGCCACGGGCAUCCAGAGGUAGUGGAGUUUUUAAUCUGUAAGGGAGCUCACCCAAACAGUUCAGACAAAUUUGGAUGGACGGCCUUGCAUUUCGCUUGUCUCGGAGGUCACUUGACUGUCAUUCGAGAGUUACUUAAAGCAGGCGUCAACGUCAACGCUCGAACCUCACAAGGGACACUUCCUAUUCACAUUGCAGCUCGUUAUGGCCAGGGGGAAGUGGUGAAAUACUUGAUGAGAAAGAACGCCGACAUAAUGGGCACGGAUAAUGACUACUGGAAUAUACUUCAUUACGCUGCUCAGGGUGGUAAAUUGCCUCAAGUUGUCAUGGAGUCAAUUAUUAGUCAAGGUGUUGACAUAAAUGCACAAUCACUUUUAGGAAUCACUCCGCUCCAUAUUGCAGCGCGGCAUGGUCAUCAAGACGUGUUGGAUUUUCUUUUGUCUCAAAAUUCGGACCUUCUGGCAAAGGACAACCAGGGAUGGACUGCCUUACAUCACGCUUGUAAAGGAGGCCACCUUUUUGUCGUGGACAAACUAUUCCACAAGGGAAUCGAUCCCAACUAUGGAACUUACUCCGGUCUAAGCCCUAUUGGAAUUGCGGCACUGCGUGGGAACAAAGAAUGCUUGGAAUACUUACUUUCAGAGGGUGGGGACCUAAAUGGCGUGGACAAUGAAGGCGUUACUGUACUUCAUUUUGCCAGCCAAGGGGGUCAAACAGACCUGAUCGAAUCAUUAAUUAAUUGCGGAAUGGAGCCAAACGUUCAAGCCAACAAUGGGCUAGUUCCAAUUCACUCUGCGGCCUUUAAUGGCCAUGCAAGUGCCCUAAACUUCCUCGUUUCAAAAGGAGCUGAUAUUAAUGCUGUCGAUAACCAAGGGUGGAACGUGUUACACUUUGCGUGUCAAAAUGGACAUGUCAUCGCAAUAGAAACAAUUCUCGAGCUAGGUCUAGAUCCCAAUGCAAAAACAAAAGAAGGUAGAACUCCGCUUCACAUUGCAACGAUUCACGACCACCCAGAAGCCGUGCGGUUACUUCUUUCAAAGGGAGCUGAUGAACACGUCCAUGACAAUGACGGAUGGAACGCAUUACAUACCGCAAGUCAUCAUGGCCAUAUAGCAAUACUGGAGCUUCUCCUCGAACUGGGUGUAGAGGUGGACUGUUUAACCAACGAUAAUUUGACGCCAUUACUUCUGGCUGCCAAAGCUGGUCAAACUGAAGUCAUAAUUUCUCUGUUGUCUCGUGAAGCUAAUCAAGACGCUAGUGACAACAGUGAAAAUAAGGCGAUUCAUCUAGCGAGCCUGGGGGGUUAUGUGAAAGUUGUAGAAACACUUCUCGAGCAUGGAGUGAGCCCUAAUCAGAAAACACAAAAAGGUGUUACUGCAAUGCAUUGUGCGGCAUCAAGAGGUAAUGGUGACAUUAUUAACUGUCUCUUAGAGAAGGGUGCAAACAUGUACGAAGUUGACAACGAAGGUUGGAAUACUUUGCAUUACGCUUGUAAAGGUGGCCACGAAGAAGUAAUUGAAAUGCUUAAGAGGCUUGGCAUGCCUUUAAACUGCCAAGCGGGAGACGGUUCAGUUCCUCUGCAUAUCGCCUCCCGCUACAGUCAUCCGGAACUAGUGAACUUUUUACUGACACAUGGAGCUGACAAACAGGCUGUGGAUAAGAAUGGGUGGAACGCCCUUCAUCACUCCGCUAAAGACGGAACAGUGGCUGUUGCCGAUCUCCUUCUCAAACAAGGAGGAGAGAUGAUUGUGAAGCGGACUCACGAUGGAGACACAGCUAUUGGUAUAGCCGAGAAAGAAGGAAACAGGGAUGUGCAGCAGUUUCUAAAUAGUUUUGUUUCGAACCACUUGACUAUUACAAGCAAUAACGACAGAAAACACGCCUACUGCGUCAUUCUGUAAGCCCUAACGUUAGGUGGAAAUUGCUACUUUUGAAUCGUCUUGAUUAGGGAAAUUCCUCUGGGAAAAUUGCAGAGAACACUCCCGUUAAUUGCUGUUAAUUAAUCAAUGAGGGGAGAAGUUUAUAGGGGAACAAUUAUCACACACAAGGUAUGAAUCUGAGAAAAGUAUAACAGAGCUUUGCCGAUUGUUAAACAAAAACCAAAAACAAAGCCAUGUAUGAGCCCUGAAAAUCCACAGUUAGGAAGGAAAAAGGAUUUUACCUUGUUUUUUGUCUAACCCAGUAUUCAGAUCAAGAUUGUUUGAUCUCUUUGGACGAGUAGAAGCAGAAACCAAGAGGCUUUUAACAAAUUUAAUACUUCCUCUAUUGUACUUGUUCGUCUCUAUUUCUCUUUAAGGACCUAGAAAUUAAGGCGCGGAUUCUUGGAUCCCCCAGUUUCAGUCGUCAUGGAGACACUGGAAAAUGAAGGGGAAUUGAUCGUCAAACUGAAUAGAGAGAUGCUAGAAGUUUAACCUGAACUUUGCAAAAUUACAUGAUUCUUUUAAUUCAGCACCAAGAUAGAAAGUAAAACUUUUAUUGAAUUCUGUCUUCAUUUUAUUCUAAAAUAUAAAAAUGGGAUUCCACACCUGAAGAUGAUUUGUCAUGAAAGAUGUACAAUGGUAACAUAACUCGUCUAGGACAAACAAUUGCCAUAUUGGAACGAUACCAGUUGCCAUGCAUGCUUCAAGGGAAAAACGUGAUUUUUGGUUGAUAUUGCGGAAUCUCUUUCAGAACUUUCAAAUUCAGUUUGGAAAACAUUGUAGAAUAAAUGGAAUAGUGCAAUAAUUGAAUAUUUCAUUUGAAUGAUCACGCCACAGGAUUCUUUUCACAGGUUUUAAAGGUGUUACUUUACAUUUCUAGUCCAUAACUGUCUUUGGAAAGCAUUCGAAAUCAAAACGGGCGCUUUCCACUUUGCGGGCACUAUCUAGUUUGAAAUAAAAUUAAUGAACCAUUAAAAAUACCUCAAGUCUAGUUCGUAGAUAAAGAUAGCUUUUUGUUUCUCAAUUUUAAUGGAUGAAAUACUGGUAGCUUUCCUCAAUGCCCUUGAGUUGCCUCCUUAGUGAAGGUGCACUUUGAUCGACUUUUAACCCUUUAAGCCCUAAGAGUGAUCAGCAUCAAAUUUGUCCUUUUAAUAUCAAUGCUUUGUAAAACAGAGUGGUCAUGAGAAUUGCGGACAUGAUCACACAAGAUAUAUUUGCUUGAUAUUUAAACACCUUCUAGCCACUACUUCUGUAGUAAAUGAAUGAGGCAACAAAUGAGAAUUCAAAUUUUGAUCUUAGGGUUUAAAGGGUUAAAGGGGGGGGGGGGGGGGGGGGGGUAUAAAAGAAAAGGGGGAACCCACCCCCCCCUUUUCCCCAAAACANUUGACUAAGGAGGGAAUGAGUCUUCUUUUGAGAACAGAAUAAUGUAAAAAUGGAGGGCUAUAUAUACAAUAGACCAGUUUGCAAAAUAUGCAUGACCUAAACUGAACACAAAUCGAUCUGUCAAUUAGGAUUAGAAUCAAUCUAAAUAAGUGGAGGAGAGAGGCAACCCGAGAGCCACUUACAGUUUAAUUUUCACUCUGAUUAGGCUUCUGAAAACAAG